CCGGCACGCAAGCAUAUUCCUCUUUUUGGUGGCCGCAGGAAAAUUGCAUUCAUAUUAAUAUGCAAGGGCAGAUGUGUAUAAAUAUAUAUUUCCAUGAAUACAUUGUCUUUUUAGUGAGGCUUCUAAAGGAUAAUCUGUGAAGGAAAAAUCAUGCAGUCCUCUCAAAGAAACGGAAUAAGGCAAUACAACAAGUCCCAACUUCCACGUUUGCGAUGGACGCCUGAGCUUCAUCAAGAUUUUGUUAAAGCUGUUGAAGAGCUUGGUGGUAAAUACAAGGCAACGCCUAAAAGAAUUCUACAGAAGAUGAGUGUUAAAGGACUGAAUAUUUGUCAAAUCAAAAGCCAUCUUCAGAUGUACAGAAGCAUCAAGGAUCACAGCAACAUUCAUGUCUUUAUUCCAAGGAAAUGCCAUCGAGUUAGAAGAGCACAAUGUGAUAUAGGAAUGUUCCCCAUUCGCUCCCCUUACAGCCAAUUGGAAUGCGAGAUGGUUACUGAUCAAAGAAGUGGAAUCCUGCCAAUGAAAGAAGAAGUUGUGGAAGACGAGCAACAGAAUCCAGGAGCAGACAGAGUCCCUAGAUGGUCCAAGAAAGAAGAAUUUGAUGAAUUAAAUGAAAUUUGUGAGCUUUCACUGUUCUUCUCUCCUUCAGCAAUGAUGCCAAAUUCACAAGAAAGAGGAUUUAGCACAGCAGAUGACUUCAGAAACUUGGACCUAACCAUCUAGAAGAGAUUCCUAGAUGGACUUGUAAAGUUAGGACACCCAGUGCGGAGAAAUGGUUUCCGCACAUGGUAAAGGUUGUGGAUAUGAACUGUUUUGUGUUAUUAACAACUGAACAUGCAUUGUCUAAAUGCUUGACAGAGGAAUAUAUCCUGCAUUGCUUAAAAAAGCUAACAGCCCAAAUUGACGUUUAAAUACAUAGUGUACAUUAGCUCA